CUCUUUCUUCACAGUCUUCUAGAAGGGAGAAGAGCGAAAAGAAGCAGUUCCUGAUGCAGAGGAACAAGGAGCUCCCAGCUAUCUCUGAAGGGCACAGAUCAGAAAGCAGCAUGCCUCCUAAUAAAGAGGCCGGCAAUCUUAACACCUCCCCUGCGGGGCUCAUCUGCCUCCCUCCGAUCUCCGAGGAGCUCCAGCUUGUGUGGACCCAAGCAGCCCAGACCAGUGAGCUGGAUGGCAAUGAACACCUGCUACAAACCUUCAGCUACUUUCCCUAUCCCAGCCUAGCAGACAUUGCCCUUCUCUGUCUACGCUAUGGGCUGCAGAUAGAAAAAGUCAAGACCUGGUUCAUGGCCCAGCGCCUCCGCUGUGGCAUCAGCUGGUCAUCUGAAGAAAUAGAAGAGACUCGAGCUCGAGUGGUAUAUCACAGGGACCAACUCCAUUUCAAAUCUCUCCUCUCUUUUACUCAUCAUGCAGGGCGGCCCCCAGAGGAGGUGCCUCCUUCUCCAAUGCCACCUCCAGAACAAGUUAGUCUUGGAAUAGUGCCCCUGACUCUCAGUGAGCCUGCCCAGAUGAAAGGAUUGAAGGUAGAGCCUGAGGAUCCCUCAGAGCCAAUGAGUCACCAGAGAGCAAAGGAGCCUCUGAUGGCGCCUGGCAGUGGGGCAUUCUCCCACCAAUCAGGAUUUUGGCAGGAUAUUCAAAGCAGUGAUCUCUCUAAGGAGCAGGCAGGCAGGGGUCCUGACCAAUCACAUGGCCUAGGUACUGCUUCCUGGAACCACUCUACAGCUGUCCACCAGCCACAAGCUCGGGAUAAAGCCCCACCAAUCUCAUUACUUGCCAGUAGUUAUAAGCAGGGGUCAGCAUGUAAUGUGACUCCUUCUUGCUCUACCUCUUCCUCUUUCCAGAUACUGGCUAAUGGAAUUACAGUCACCUCUAAACCCUCCCAGCCACUGGGCUGUCUCCCACAGUCCCUGUCACCCAAUGAGCAGGCUCUACCCAUACAUGUGGAGCCAGCCUGGCCCCAGAGGCUGAGGCCUAACUCGGUACUAGGCAGCAUUGGCCCUGCAGAGUACCUUUCCCCUGAUACCCAACGCCAGCGAAAGACCAAGCGCAAAACCAAAGAGCAGUUGGCUAUCCUCAAAUCGUUUUUUUUACAGUGUCAAUGGGCACGGCGCGAGGAUUACCAUAAAUUAGAACAGAUUACUGGUUUACCUCGGUCUGAGAUUAUUCAGUGGUUUGGUGACACACGCUAUGCCUUGAAGCAUGGGCAACUAAAAUGGUUUCGGGACAAUGCAGUACCUGGUGCCCCUAGUUUCCAGGAUCCAACAAUUCCCACACCAUCGCCUUCAACCCGCUCUUUGAAUGAAUGGGCGGAGACACCACCUCUGCCAGUGCCCCCUCCUCCACCGGAUAUACAGCCCUUGGAGAGGUACUGGGCAGCCCACCAACAGCUACGGGAAAGCGAUGUCCCUCAACUGAGUGAGGCGUCAAGGCUUAGCAUCCAGCAGGUACUGGAUUGGUUUGAUUCUCGUUUACCUAAGCCAGCUGAGGUAGUGGUUUGUCUAGAUGAAGAGGAGGAAGAGGAGGAGGAAGAACUGCCUGAAGAUGAUGAAGAGGAGGAGGAGGAGGAGGAGGACGAUGACAGCGAUGAUGAUGAUGAUGUGAUCAUACAGGACUGAAUGGGGGCUAUGGGAGGGGCAGCCUUACUAAAAGACGAACCAACUUAGUAACUGUUUAAACAAAGAAACCACAUUUUAAAAAUUACCUUGUGGCAAAGAACUGAAAA